GGGGGGGGGGGGGGGGGGCCGAGCGGCCGCGACAGGCGAGACUGGGGACGCCGCAGCCCCGAGCGCGACAGGCACAGGGACUCGGAGGACAGGAACAGGCGCUCCAGCGGCCACCGAGACAGGGAGAGGGAUUCCAGGGAUCGGGAGUCUCGUAGAGACAAGGAAGAAUCGCGCGGCAAGGAAAAGCCGGAGGUGACAGACAGGGCGGAGGGCGACAAAAACCACGAGCCCCACGGCAGCAAAACGGAGGGCGCGGAACUCGUUUCAGAACUGGCUGCGGGAGACGCCGAGCCCGCGGGCGCGAAACCCGCGCCAGAGUCGGUGCCCGAGGCUACCUCAUCCCUGGAACAGGCGGACAAGGACACGGGCUCGGCGGCCGAGGCGCCGCGCUAGGGCCGCAGCCCGGCUGGCAGCGUCGAGCUCGAGUUGUACAGUGCUGUAAAUGCGCUUCCUUCCGCCCCUGCGCCCCCGACGCGGGGCACUGUGAGCAAUUUGAUUGCUUCCCUUCUAUUUAAAAUAGCCACAACAUAACAUAAAAUACUGAAGAGAUGAUUAAAAUAUUACCCAUUUUUGCUGUAACUUUUUUAAAGUUUUGACUUUAAAAAGUUUACGAAUCAGAAGUAGAAGUGCUUUCUAUUUUUUUUUUAAUUUAAGAAAAGGUAACGGUGAAAGCUCCUCAAAACAAUAGGGAUGUGUUUUUAAUAAACUCUAUUUUCGUAACAAACUUUUAACGUGUGCUAUUCUUCCUACGCUGCACUGAAUUGGAAAAGGAGUGUUCAGCAGCCUAAAGUUGGAACUGUUAAUGCUGUACUGGAGUCUAAAUUAGACUGGUUUGUUUCUGUUUGUUAAAGGAAAUCCAUCUGUUUGUGUAGCGAUCCACAAAAGUGAAUUUUUAUUUGUAACAGUCCUCUGGAGUUUUAGAUUUCUGCAUUUUAAUGAGCUACUUGACCACCCCCGGUAAAAGUUGGUUUUAAGAUGUUAAUUGCAGAGUUAACGGUUUUAGUGUUUGCAAUGCAAUCCAUUCUUUGCUUUAUUUUUUUUCCCCUCUCCUCCCCUCCUCAAUUGGUUCUGUGGUUCCUGUUGCCCUUAAUUUGCCUUUUUUUAAGUGGUGACACCUUCAGGCACGGACCGUCUGCUCUGAUGUUCCAAAGGCUAAGCGUGUGCUGGGCUCUGCAGCUUUUGUACUUGUUGGGAAGUGAGACCUCGGAGGCACCAGAAUUCCAGCCUGGCUUUCGGGGCGGGGCUGGACAAGGACUUGGCCCUUCCUCCCUGGAGAUGGGGCUGCUCCUGCAGGAACGCCGGCCCCUCCUCACCCUGCCAGAGGUAGGUUGUGCCCCCCGGGCUGGGGACAGAGGGCAGCUCCUGGUGUUCCUGGGUGUUGUGCCACCUCCUCUCCAGAGCACUUCCUUCCAUGUUCUGUCAGCUGUGCCAGGGGCUGGUGCAGUUUCUCCAUUGCUGGUCCCUGGGGCAGGGACACUUGGGGAAGUUUAGCCCACCCCAUGUGGCUCAGCGCUCCCACAACCCCAGCAGCACUGGGGCAAACCUGUACAAAUCCUGUGCCUAUUCAGUGUUUUUUUUCUCCUUGCUAUAGGUGUGUUCUGCCUUUAGAUUUGGGGAUUUUGCCCCAAGGAAAGGGCAGCUGCUUCCUUACAUCAGUCCUUUUUCACAGCUGCCCUGCGGCAGAGGGAAUCGUCUCUGGGGGAGGGAGAGGGUGGGAGAGCCACUGUGGAGCUCUGGACUGGGGAGAGAACAUCUAUUUUUAUGUUCUUGCAAUAGCAGAAUAAAGAGAGAAAGAACCUGUUUACAGAUUGUAGU